GCUAGAGAUGACACGGUGAUGGAUCACAGAGUGCUGAUAGUGUUUCUGUGGCUCUGGAGCUCAGCGGCUCCUGAUGAUGUCAGGUUGGUGGGCGGAGCCAGCCGCUGUGCUGGGAUCCUGGAGAGGAGAGAUGGAGGCGACUGGAAAGUAGUUAACAUCUCUCUGUCUGAGUGGAACCUGACAUCUGCAGAGAUGCUGUGCAGACAGCUGGGCUGUGGUCCUGCACUUUCACUGGGACGACCAGAGAAAUCCUCAAGGACUGAACCACCAUCAUAUUCUGGAAACCUGCAGAUAACCUGCUCAUGCUCUGGUUGUUUGUCUGAAAAUCUGAAAGCAUUACUGAGAGGAGAGAGAGCACUUUCAGACCCUGAUGAUGAAGUCCGGUUGGUGGGAGGAUCCAGCACCUGCUCUGGUGGACUACAGAUCAAACACCAUGGAGAGUGGAGACCAGCGGAUAUUUGGAACCCUUCCUGGACUCCAAAUGAUGCAGCUGUGAUUUGUAGAAGACUCAACUGUGGCUCUGCUGUUUCAUCUGGACUGAUGGUGGAGUCCUCUGACAGACCAGUGUGGAGGAUCAACCGUGAAUGUGUAGAGUCUAAAUCUACAUUAAAGGAAUGUGUGGGAACAGAGAAUCGGCCCAGCAACCUUGGGCUGGAAAUCAGCUGUUUAGACCCUGAUGAUGAAGUCCGGUUGGUGGGAGGAUCCAGCACCUGCUCUGGUGGACUACAGAUCAAACACCAUGGAGAGUGGAGACCAGCGGAUAUUUGGAACCCUUCCUGGACUCCAAAUGAUGCAGCUGUGAUUUGUAGGAGACUCAACUGUGGCUCUGCUGUUUCAUCUGGACUGAUGGUGGAGUCCUCUGACAGACCAGUGUGGAGGAUCAACCGUGAAUGUGUAGAGUCUAAAUCUACAUUAAAGGAAUGUGUGGGAACAGAGAAUCGGCCCAGCAACCUUGGGCUGGAAAUCAGCUGUUUAGACCCUGAUGAUGAAGUCCGGUUGGUGGGAGGAUCCAGCACCUGCUCUGGUGGACUACAGAUCAAACACCAUGGAGAGUGGAGACCAGCGGAUAUUUGGAACCCUUCCUGGACUCCAAAUGAUGCAGCUGUGAUUUGUAGAAGACUCAACUGUGGCUCUGCUGUUUCAUCUGGACUGAUGGUGGAAUCCUCUGACAGACCAGUGUGGAGGAUCAACCGUGAAUGUGUAGAGUCUAAAUCUACAUUAAAGGAAUGUGUGGGAACAGAGAAUCGGCCCAGCAACCUUGGGCUGGAAAUCAGCUGUUUAGACCCUGAUGAUGAAGUCCGGUUGGUGGGAGGAUCCAGCACCUGCUCUGGUGGACUACAGAUCAAACACCAUGGAGAGUGGAGACCAGCGGAUAUUUGGAACCCUUCCUGGACUCCAAAUGAUGCAGCUGUGAUUUGUAGAAGACUCAACUGUGGCUCUGCUGUUUCAUCUGGACUGAUGGUGGAAUCCUCUGACAGACCAGUGUGGAGGAUCAACCGUGAAUGUGUAGAGUCUAAAUCUACAUUAAAGGAAUGUGUGGGAACAGAGAAUCGGCCCAGCAACCUUGGGCUGGAAAUCAGCUGUUUAGACCCUGAUGAUGAAGUCCGGUUGGUGGGAGGAUCCAGCACCUGCUCUGGUGGACUACAGAUCAAACACCAUGGAGAGUGGAGACCAGCGGAUAUUUGGAACCCUUCCUGGACUCCAAAUGAUGCAGCUGUGAUUUGUAGAAGACUCAACUGUGGCUCUGCUGUUUCAUCUGGAUUGAUGGUGGAGUCCUCUGACAGACCAGUGUGGAGGAUCAACCGUGAAUGUGUAGAGUCUAAAUCUACAUUAAAGGAAUGUGUGGGAACAGAGAAUCGGCCCAGCUCCCUUGGGCUGGAAAUCAGCUGUUUAGACCCUGAUGAUGAAGUCCGGUUGGUGGGAGGAUCCAGCACCUGCUCUGGUGGACUACAGAUCAAACACCAUGGAGAGUGGAGACCAGCGGAUAUUUGGAACCCUUCCUGGACUCCAAAUGAUGCAGCUGUGAUUUGUAGAAGACUCAACUGUGGCUCUGCUGUUUCAUCUGGAUUGAUGGUGGAGUCCUCUGACAGACCAGUGUGGAGGAUCAACCGUGAAUGUGUAGAGUCUAAAUCUACAUUAAAGGAAUGUGUGGGAACAGAGAAUCGGCCCAGCAACCUUGGGCUGGAAAUCAGCUGUUUAGACUCUGUCAGACUGGUGAACAGGACUGGUCUGUGUUCAGGCAGACUGGAGGUGAAGUCCGGCCAGCACUGGUCCCCAGUGUGUGAGGAGGACUUGGACCUGCAGGGUGCUCAGGUGGUCUGCAGGGAGCUGGGCUGUGGGGCUCCUUCAGUCUUCAAGGGGGGAAUGUUUGGAGAAGUGGAGGCUCUGUUCUGGACUAAGAAGUUCCAGUGUGAAGGCCAUGAGUCUGCUCUCCUGGACUGUCCAGACUCAGCGUUGACUGGAAACACCUGUCCACCUGGUAAAGCUGUUGGCCUCACCUGCUCAGACCCUGAUGAAGUCCGGUUGGUGGGAGGAUCCAGCACCUGCUCUGGUGGACUAGAGUGGAGACACCAUGGAGAGUGGAGACCAGCGGAUCCUUUAUUCCAUUCCUGGACUCCAAAUGAUGCAGCUGUGAUUUGUAGAAGACUGGACUGUGGCUCUGCUGUUUCAUUUGGACUGAUAAGGGCAUCCAUUGACAGACCAGUGUGGUGGAUCAUCUCUGAAUGUGUAGAGUCUAAAUCUACAUUAAAGGAAUGUGUGAGAACAGAAGCUCGGCCCACCAACCGUGGGCUGGAAAUGACCUGCUCAGACUCUGUCAGACUGGUGAACAGGACUGGUCUGUGUUCAGGCAGACUGGAGGUGAAGUCCGGCCAGCACUGGUCCCCAGUGUGUGAGGAGGACUUGGACCUGCAGGGUGCUCAGGUGGUCUGCAGGGAGCUGGGCUGUGGGGCUCCUUCAGUCUUCAAGGGGGGAAUGUUUGGAGAAGUGGAGGCUCUGUUCUGGACUAAGAAGUUCCAGUGUGAAGGCCAUGAGUCUGCUCUCCUGGACUGUCCAGACUCAGCGUUGACUGGAAACACCUGUCCACCUGGUAAAGCUGUUGGCCUCACCUGCUCAGACCCUGAUGAUGAAGUCCGGUUGGUGGGAGGAUCCAGCACCUGCUCUGGUGGACUACAGAUCAAACACCAUGGAGAGUGGAGACCAGCGGAUAUUUGGAACCCUUCCUGGACUCCAAAUGAUGCAGCUGUGAUUUGUAGAAGACUCAACUGUGGCUCUGCUGUUUCAUCUGGACUGAUGGUGGAGUCCUCUGACAGACCAGUGUGGAGGAUCAACCGUGAAUGUGUAGAGUCUAAAUCUACAUUGAAGGAAUGUGUGGGAACAGAGAAUCAGCCCAGCGAGUUUGGGCUGGAAAUCAGCUGUUUAGGAAACUCAGCAUUCAUAGCAAUCACCAGGAUAACUCUGGGACUCUUGAUGAUGAUGAUUCUUCUCCCCUUGAUUCUGUGGAUGAGGAAGAAGGACUCUAUGGAGGCUGAACCUGCAGAAGCAAUGGAGUUAAAUCCUGUGUACGAGAACAUCUCAGACGUCACUGCAGCACAGGGAGAAGACAGAGAGGAGCAGGAAGAUGCUGUAUAAAGUCCUCAGGUUAGAGACUCCUGCACAGAAUAAACAGACCCACUGUAGAGUCACGCUCAUCUAUGUAACAUGUUACAACCAUACUAUACCAGUAUUCCAGUCACUUUUCUGUGAUGUUCUUUAAAUGCUGUUGAAUCGGGAGAAGACUUCCUGUGUGGUGGGGACAUUUACCUUAAGCAGCUGUAGGCUGAUAUGAAUUCAUGUUAAAUUAUUACUGAGAGACAAAUAUCGGGCUGAAAACAGAUAUAAAAUGAUGUUAUAAUUACCAACAGAGAGAGAGGAAUGCAGACAAAACCAUCAGCAGAAAGCUGAAUUUGAUGCCUCAGGCUGAAGAAGUAAAAAUCUGUAGUUAGCUCUCUAUCUCUCCCUGUCUCUCUCUGUUUAUAAAUGUUUAUACAUGUUUUAUGGGAUUCUCAACCAUUUUGAUAAAAAAUGUCACACCAACAGAUUUAGUGUCAUGUACUUCAUUAACAUUAAUGUCAGUCA